AAAAAAAAAAACGGAAUUCCCUGAAAGUGUAAAUCAGACAGGUGCUGUUGGUGAUGUGUGUAUGAAAGAGUGAAAGAGCAAAGGAAUACAUUGCACUUCUUAAAAGUAGUGUCUCAGCACCAAUACUUCUCAUACUCAAAAUAUAUCCAGUACAUUUACAUUUAUUCAUUUGGCAGAUGCUUGCAUUUCCACAUUCUUCUUAAUAUUCAUCCACUUCACUUGUAAUGGUGGUAUUUUACAGUUAGUGUCUGCAAGAGUUCCCCACAAUGAACAUCAGUGAUGUUCAUCAUAUAUAAGAUAACUUGCAAAGACCCUUCUAGCAAGCUGAAUACAGGCUUCAAAGUGUAUACUUUGUCAUACACAAGUACAAAGGUAAAAAAAAAAAAAGUUUAUAUAAAAGUCAAAUAAAUACCUUAUACGAAGAUAGGAAUAAUAGUUAGACAAAGUUGCUGUCUCACUGUACUGACAAAUGUAAACAAUGCUGCUGGAAAAACAAGAGCUGUACUGUUUCAAUAUUGCACUGAAUGUAAGUAGUCCAUUGAAACAGGAUACAAUCAGAGUGGCUAAAGACCUUUUCAAGCACCCAUCAGUGGCUCUCUGAUCAGCGGCUUUCAGAUCACAAGCUCACUCCCUGAGAGCUCACACCAAUGAAGCAAGUAAACAAGGUUAACAGGAGCCUUCUCUGAUCUAUCCCAAUGUAUGGUGGCAGUUGUUCGAGGGGUCAUCUAACUUAAAUCAGUGUUAUAAAAUAAUUCUAAAAUCAACUGCACCAUUAAUAAUAGGAAUACGAUGGCUCAGUGGUUGAGACUGAGCUAGUAAUUGGAAGGUUGUGAAUUCAGAUCUUGCCAGGGAGCCACUGUUGGGCAAUCAAGUCCUUUACAAGUGAGAAAUGAUACAGUGUAAAUCAUUUGGGAGAAAAGUGCCUGCCAGACAGAUCUGUAAAUGAAUGAAUAGUGUUACAUGUGAGAGGAAAAAAAGAUAGAAAGACUGUGACUGGCGCAUUGAAGUGUAAAUCGAAAUAAAGUGCGUUUGGUGAACUUGAUCCAGCCGGCGUUAGGACCUCGUGGAUAUGGGUUUUCUCUCUUUUUGCACCAUGUCAACACGCGCUGAAAUAUGGAUAAUAAGUGGCCGUGUACGCGUAGGUUGGAGUCUAGUCCUCUCGGUCUGAAGGCGAUGACCACAAGCUCGGUGUGAAAGAGCACGAAAGCACGUGGUGAGGUGCGUCCCCUUUAUAAAGCUGACUUUCUGUCCAGCCAGCCGCCAGGAGAUGGUGCGCGCUGGCACGCGGCACUGGCGUUUUCCACAAGAGGGGAUGGAGAAGCGCGCUAACGCUCUUUCCGUCGCGCCGAAGGGAAAAUAACUUCUGUGCCUCGUUCGUUCCGUUCUUGUCUCACCGCGUCUUUCUGACCGUCCGGACGUGCUCGCGCGCACUGCACUCUUAAGCUUCCUCUGCGACGUUAUAACGCGCGCGCUCGGAUCCUACGCGACUCGGCAGGCGGUGGAGAUGCGCGGCGGCGCACGAGCGGACCGUGCCGAGUUUUAAAGCGCAGCGCGUGAGGCGCGCUCGCGGUAUACACCGCAGGGGUUUGUGGGCGCUUGGAUGCGGUGGAGGUGCGUAAACCCGCAUAUCCUCGUGCUAUUCGCUCCUCGCAGAACUGAACUUCAGAUGGCCGAGACUGUGACUCUUCAGCUUGCGGUGUGAUCACAUAGGCGAUCUGUUGCUCGCUUCCAGGAUUUUUGGUUAUUUUUUUUUUUAAAGCCAUUUAACAACUUCUCAGUGCUGUCACGCCAAAUGGAUAUCCAAAAAAGAUCCGUGACUAAUGAUCCUAGUACAGCCUAAACCCUUCACGUCAAACUUUUAUCUGGUGAUCUGGCGAUAGGCUACAAAAUGCAUUUAUCGUCUCCUUUUCUUUAAUACGUGCGCUUCAUUCAGCAAACACAAACCUUAUUAUAGCUCUAAAACUACUUUUUUUGAAAACUGUGGAGGAACACAGCUAUCCUCCCCCGAAAAUGAACCUCUUCGUAGUGAGCCUCCUCCUGAGCCUGGAUCUAGUGGCCGUGGCGCUCGGCUUGUCCACGUGCAGCACCUUAGACAUGGACCAGUUCAUGAAGAAGCGCAUCGAGGCGAUCCGCGGCCAGAUCCUAAGCAAGCUGAAGCUCAGCAAGCCGCCGGACGAGUUCCCGGAGCCUGAAGACGUGUCCCGGGAUAUCAUCGCCAUCUACAACAGCACCCGCGACCUGCUGCAGGAGAAGGCCAACGAGCGCGCCGCCACCUGCGAGCGCCAGCGCAGCGAGGAGGAGUACUACGCCAAGGAGGUGCACAAGAUCGACAUGCAGCCCUUCUACCCCUCCGAGAAUGUCAUCUCUCCGACUUACUACAAUCCCUACUUCAGACGGCUCAGGUUUGACGUGAGCUCCAUGGAGAAGAACGCCUCCAACCUGGUGAAGGCCGAGCUGAGGAUUUUCAGGCUGCAGAACCCAAAGGCCCGUGUGUCCGAGCAGCGCAUUGAGCUUUAUCAGAUCCUGGGCCAUAAGGACCUCACAUCGCCCACACAGCGCUACAUUGACAGCAAAGUGGUGCGCACUCGUACAGAAGGCGAGUGGCUGUCCUUUGACGUAACCGAAGCAGUCAGCGAAUGGCUACUGCACAGAGACAGAAACAAUGGAUUCAAGAUCAGCCUGCACUGUCCCUGCUGCACAUUUGUGCCAUCAAAUAAUUACAUCAUCCCAAACAAGAGUGAGGAGCUGGAGGCCCGCUUUGCAGGGAUUGAUGAUAGCUUCAUCCGCCGUCACAGUGGCCAGUCUCCACACUUGCUGCUCAUGUUGCUCCCAUCCUACCGCCUGGAGUCGCAGCACAAGAGCCACAGACAGAAACGAGCCCUGGACGCUGCUUUCUGCUCCAGGAACGUUCAGGACAACUGCUGUCUGCGCUCACUAUACAUUGACUUCAAGAAGGACUUGGGAUGGAGGUGGAUCCAUGAGCCAAAAGGUUACAAUGCCAACUUCUGUGCUGGAGCGUGUCCUUAUCUCUGGAGUGCAGACACCCAACACACUAAGGUCCUUGGUCUAUAUAACACCAUUAAUCCAGAAGCAUCAGCCUCUCCGUGCUGCGUGUCCCAAGACCUGGAACCUCUUACCAUCCUUUACUUCAUUGGCAAGACCCCCAAAAUUGAGCAGCUUUCCAAUAUGAUUGUAAAGUCCUGCAAAUGCAGCUAGGAACUGGCUAAAGCUGCACACACGCGCACACACACACACCCACACACACUCACACACACGCACACACACUCAUACAGCACAUACACUAUAAAUUUUAAUACAGUCACGAACUGUCUCAUUCACACAGGUAUAGAAAUUGCUGUGCAGGCCGGGAACAGAAAAGUACAUUUCCUACAACCAGCAUAUGUAUUUGUACAAAGUGAGCACACAAAGGCGCACACGCAGAGUUUGCACUUAAGUGUGCGCAUACGUGUUUGUGUGUAUGUGUGCUGGGAAAAAAAUGGCCCUUUUAGUACAUCUCAUCUCACACACUCAUCACACCAGGACGUGAGUAUGGCAAACACUGGAAGUACAUGAUUAAGUGUCUACAUGUGAAGUAGUAGAAAAGAGAAUCCCUCAUUUCAGCAAGCAGUUACAGCAAACUCUGUCUCGUUCUUUUCUUUCUUUACCUAUGCAUCCCUCGAACUGUAGUAACAUUUGUUUUUAGUUAUUUUUAAAGCUGGUUUUGAUUCUUGGAAAUUGUUGAAGACCUCACUUAUUUAAUGUCAAUGGGGCCUGUUAGUGACUUUCCUGGCUAAGACAUGACAAGAGGAACGGGGAAGGGAAAGGUGAAGAGGUUUUUGUGAUACGAAAAGACACCAAGGGACUGAAAAUAGUUUAGCUAAAUUCCAUUGCAGCUGAACAAGAGGUGAACAAGCUACUUCCAAAAAAACAAGCACGUGACUGACUGUGAGUUUGGAAAGCAGCAGGUGUGAAGUCUGCCUCAUGAUAUGCCCAGAGUUUAGGAAUAUGCUAUAAAAUGAUGCCUUUUGAACUCAGAAAGUGUGCAAAGCAUAACGUCAGAGACAUUGUGAAUCAUGCAGUUAAACCGAAAAGUUGGCUCUCUGUUUAUCAUUUGUAAUGCCGAGCGAUCAUGAGUGUACACUACAGAACAUAUUAUAUACUACAGAACAUCUGUCAUGAUUGCAAAAAAAAAAAAAAACAACUUUCACACACAUGCACUCCCACACAUUCAUCCUAAAAGGCAGUUUUUUACGAG